AUGACGUCGAUAUCAUGUUCCUUGCGGAGACCUGUAGCUGCUUUAAAGUGCAAUUUACAGAGUGUCAGAACUGUUAUAUAUCUUCAUAAGGGUCCGAGAAUUAAUGGUUUGAGACGAGAUCCAGAAUCGUAUUUGAAAAACCCUAGUGGGAUACUCUUCACCGAAGUUCAGGCAAAUGAAUAUCAGGAUGAAGUCAGAUCCAUACUGCAAUUGCCCAAGUACGGGAUAAAUUUAUCGAACGAACUGAUUUUGCAGUGCUUAACCCAUAAAUCGUUUGCACACGGCUCAAAGCCGUACAAUGAAAAACUAAGCCUGUUAGGAGCGCAGUUUCUCAAACUGCAAACAUCUAUUCACUCGUUGAAGAAUGAUCCGCCCACGGAAGCCCGCGAAAACGGGCCAUUUCCCCUUCAAUUCAGCAAUCUGGGAACAAAAUUCGCUAAGGAAUUAACAUCCAAGAACACAGCAUGCGCAUUUAUCAAAUCACAUAAUCUGGGACCCUUCAUAUUUUGGAAAAUGAGGGAUCCCUUGAAAGAUGGCCAUAUAAAUGGUGAAACCACGAUUUUUGCCAGCGUCUUGAACGCAUUUAUUGGAGCAAUUCUAUCGACGAAUGGAUCCGAAAAGGCUUCCAAAUUUAUUGACGGAAACUUGCUGGAUAAGGGAGAUUUGCACUCGUUAGUUAACAUUGCCAAUGUGAACGUAGCUUCUGCAAAGACAACAACAUUGGGCAAAGAAAAGGAAAUGAUAUAG